AUUUAAAACGCGCGCCGAAUACAUUCAGUUCCAACAUCAUUAAAACAAGAGCUUGACCAACUGCAAAAAUUAAAAUGAAAUAAUUUCAUUCUGAAAACAACAUGGCUGAGAAGAAACGGGGAAAAAAGCGCAAAGAUGAAUACACAGGCCCAGGAGGUACUCCCGAAGAAGUGGAAAAACCAUCAAAGGAUGAAUAUACAAUAGCAAAAUGGUUACGUAAAAAUGUUCCAACAAAAAAAACUAAAUUUAUUAACCAUAAUGUGGAAUAUUUUACUUCGAGUAAAGCUCUUGAUGCUUUAAUGGCAUCAAAAUUUGGUGGUGAAGAUGCUUUACUUCCAACUCGAGAAUUUGCUAUUGAAUUUAUGAACACAAUGCUCCGCCAUAAAUUUUUCCAUCGAGCUGUGAAGGUUCCUGUAUCAGAGCAGGAAUUGAAAAAUCGUAAGAAGGGUGAUAAAAGUGGUAAGAAACCAAAAGAAUCGAAAGAGAAAAAAAUUGAGAAACCUGAGUCACAAACUGAAGCACAGAAUAGCAAUGCUGAAGGAAAGGAUAAGAUGAGCUUGGAACCUGAGAAAGAAAAGGAAAAACGUAAGAGAAAGAUACGCUUAGAAAUGCAUUUGCAUCAAGUGUUUGUUGAUGGAUCGGAAGCUUAUGUUUGGAUAUAUGACCCUAUUCCUUUACAUUAUUGGAUAUUUGGAACACUUUUGGUAUUAGGUGCGAUUGGAGUUUGCUUGUUUCCACUUUGGCCACCAACAGUGAGGAAAGGAGUGUAUUAUUUAAGUAUAGCAGCUGCAGGAUUUUUGGUAUUCAUAAUUGCAUUAACUAUUAUACGUUUAAUAAUAUUCUGUAUAAUUUGGAUCAUAACACUUGGUAAACAUCAUUUAUGGCUAUUUCCAAAUUUAACAGAAGAUGUUGGGUUCUUUGCAUCAUUUUGGCCUCUAUAUAAGUAUGAAUAUAAAGGAGGUGAAGCAUUAGAAAAUACUAGUAAAAAAAAGAAAAAGAAAAAAGAUAAAUAUAGUGACAACGAAGAUGAAGUCCGAGAGAAAGAAAUAAAUAUAUCUAAGCAAACUGUAUCUGAGCCUGUUGAAAGUCAAGAUAAUGAAUGCCAGCGACUUUCUUCUCCUACAAUUGAAGUGACACCUGUGGAACCAUCAGAAAGUGAAUCAGAAUCAUCACAGAGAUCAUCAACUGGUAAAGACUUUGAAAUGGUUGACGCUAAUGAAGUUGAUACCUCAUAAUGAUUAAUUAAUACAAUAUAGAUUAAUAACAUGGAGUCUUUCAGUUAUCAGUUAUGAAAUGAAUAUUAAAUAUUUGUUUGUAGCCCUGUGGAUAGUUUUAUCAGCACAAUUUGUUGCUAUGUCACAAUUGAGCACAACACAUGUUAUUUUGUAUAUCUAAUAUUGUAAAAUAUUUUUAAAAGGAUCUAUGUAUGUAUAUUAUUUGAUAUAGG